UUAGGAGGAGUAACAGGGGAUUAGCAGUGGUGAAAUUGAAGAAUAAGGUGUUCAGAUCAACCAGUGGUUUAAGAUCUGCAAUGGCUCAGCAUCCUCAAAUAGCCAUUCUUGGAGCUGGCAUUUUUGUUAAAACUCAGUAUAUUCCAAGAUUAGCUGAGAUUUCUAAUCUCUUUAUUCUCAGAGCUAUUUGGAGUCGCACUGAGGAAUCUGCCAGAAGUGCUGUUGAAAUAGCACAGAAGCAUUUCCCAAAUGUGGAAUGUAAGUGGGGAGAUGCUGGACUCGAGGAGAUCAUUAAGGAUAGUUCCAUUACUGGUGUUGCUGUGGUUCUUGCUGGACAAACCAUGGUGGAUAUGUCACUGAGGUUGCUUAAGGCAGGAAAGCAUGUCCUUCAAGAGAAACCAGCUUCCGCAACUGUGGACGAGGCUGAAAAAGCAUUGACUCACUAUAAUUCUCUUAGCGCCACAUUGACUCAGCAACCAAUAUGGGCUGUUGCAGAAAAUUAUCGCUUUGAACCUGCCUUCAUUGAGGGCAAGAGGUUAAUUUCUGAAAUUGGAGAAAUGAUGAAUAUCCAAAUAAUUGUUGAAGGAGCUAUGAACAGCUCAAAUCCUUACUUCGCCAGCUCCUGGAGACGCCAGUUUGUUGGUGGUUUCAUUCUAGACAUGGGCGUACAUUUUGUAGCUGGACUUAGGAUGCUUGUUGGAUGUGAGAUUACAUCAUUGUCAUCCAUGAAUUCUCAUGUGGAUAAGACUUUGCCUCCUCCGGAUAACAUCUCGUCAAUGUUUCAACUGGAAAAUGGGUGUUCAGGAGUUUUUGUGAUGGUGGUAUCUUCGAAGUCACCAAAGGUAAUCUGGCGAGUUGUGGGUUUAAACGGAGUGCUGCAAGUUGACCGUGGUAACAAGGAUGGAAAGCAUGGCUACUCGGUUUCCCUACAUAUGGCUGAUGGUCAAAGCAAGAGCUUCUUUUAUCCGUUUAGCGGGGUCACUGAUGAACUGAAAGCAUUUCUAUCAGAUGUAUCGACGGCUAACCUGAAGAAGGACCAUAGCUCCCACAUCGAUCCUCGUCUCUCAUUUGCUGAAGGUGCUCGUGAUGUUGCUGUUUUGGACGCGAUGCUCGAAUCAGGAAAGAGACAAGGAGCUCUAGUUCAAGUAAAAAAGUUCUAAUUUUACGCAGGCCUUAUGCUCCUUAAAUAUGUCAUGCACAUGAUUCUUGAUCUUCGUACCAUGAAGCGAAUAUGCUACUGGAAAAAAAGGAUUCAUAAUCUGAGGCUGCAUAAUGAAAAGAAGAAGGAUCGAUCGAAGAUCACUGUCUCUCUUCUGUGAGCUACAUCUUGGUUUCAUCAUCUUGUUGUCUAUAAACUCGACUAGUAGUUUACCGGAUAAAUUGAUUUGUCGGGCGUUCCUGGCCCACCUAGCGAAACAUGUGGUUUCGUGGUUAUGACCAGCUAAGGCUAAAGUUCCAUUAAAGGGAGUUUUGAUUCCUUGGUUAGAGCCAUUGUACUCUUUUUGACCUUAUUUUAGCAUCUUUGGUAGUUGAAUGAUCAGUAAUAUCAUUUAAACUCUCAA